AUGGUAUUCGUCGGCGCCAGAUGUGGUGCUUCGCGGAAGUCAAUUGCGAGUCAAGUUUGUGGUGGUGGUGUUGUGCAUGGUCGAGUGAGGCGGAGGUGUGUCUAUUCACGGUUGGACGAUGGUGGUGAUGACAGCUGCGAAGGCUGCCGGUGCAUGGGUUCUGACGGAUCUUUCACGGUGGGCUAUUGCAUUGCGGUGGAGGCUAGGUUUUUUCGGUUCCUCUAUGCCUGCAACUUUUUUUGUUUCUUCAUUCUUUUCCAUCUCUUUCAUGUACAACAAACAGACACAAAACAAAACACACAAAAAAGAUCUAAUGAGAAACAGAGAUGGAAUUUGAGUAUGCUUUCCCAUGUACGGAUCAGAAGGUGGUUGGAUAGAGGACUUCAUGGUGGUCGCGAUUGA